CUGAGCUGGCACACCAUGAAUAGAUACACAACGAUCAGGCAGCUUGGGGAUGGAACCUACGGCUCUGUCUUGCUGGGGAGAAGCAUCGAGACCGGGGAACUGAUUGCCAUUAAAAAAAUGAAAAGAAAGUUUUAUUCCUGGGAGGAAUGCAUGAACCUUCGGGAGGUUAAGUCCUUAAAGAAGCUCAACCAUGCCAACAUAGUAAAAUUGAAAGAAGUCAUCAGGGAAAAUGAUCAUCUUUAUUUUAUUUUUGAGUACAUGAAAGAAAACCUUUACCAGCUCAUUAAAGAAAGAAAUAAGCUGUUCCCUGAGUCGGCCAUCAGGAAUAUCAUGUACCAGAUACUGCAGGGACUGGCAUUUAUUCAUAAACACGGCUUCUUCCACCGAGACUUAAAACCCGAGAACCUUCUGUGCAUGGGACCAGAUCUAGUGAAAAUCGCAGACUUUGGAUUGGCCCGAGAAAUCCGUUCAAGACCCCCAUACACAGACUAUGUGUCUACUAGAUGGUAUAGGGCUCCAGAAGUCCUCCUGAGGUCUACCAACUACAGCUCCCCCAUUGACAUCUGGGCCGUGGGCUGCAUCAUGGCGGAAGUGUACACGCUAAGGCCACUCUUCCCCGGGGCCAGUGAAAUUGACACCAUAUUCAAAAUUUGCCAAGUGCUGGGGACACCAAAAAAGACUGAUUGGCCUGAGGGCUACCAACUUUCAAGUGCUAUGAACUUCCGCUGGCCCCAGUGUAUACCCAAUAAUUUAAAGACCCUGGUUCCAAACGCGAGCAGCGAAGCAAUUCAGCUCAUGAGAGACAUGCUUCAGUGGGAUCCAAAGAAACGACCAACAGCUAGUCAGGCCCUUCGAUAUCCUUAUUUUCAUAUUGGGCACCCACUAGGCAGCACCAUCCAGAAUGCAGGAAAACCACAGAAAGACGUUCUGGAAAAGGCAGGCCUACCUCCCCACAUGAAACCAGCCCCUCCGGCCCAGCCCCCAGCCAAGCCACACGCUCGGAUUUCCUCAAGACAACAUCAAGCCGGCCAGCCCGCCCCACACCCCGGGUAUCCCUACAAAGCAGAGGCUGCCAGGGCAGACCACCUAAGCCAUCAUCCCCAGGAAGCCAAGCCAAGCCCGCUGCUCUUCCCAUCCCUCCACAACAAGAACCCUCAGUCGAAGAUGCUAUCUGAUCUGGAGCACAAUAAUGGUGAAAUCAAGCCAAAGAGUAGGAGGAGGUGGGGUCUUAUUUCCAGGUCGACAAAGGAUUCCGAUGAUUGGGCCGAAUUGGAUGACCUGAAUUUCAGUCCAGCCCACCUCAGGAUUGACUUGAAGAACAAGAAGCGACAGAGCGAGGACACGCUCUGCAGAUUUGAAAGUGUUUUGGAUCUGAAGCCCUCUGAGCACGUGGGUACAGGAAAUAGCGCCCCCACCCAGACUUCCUCUCAGAGGCGAGACACCCCCACCUUGAGGUCCACGGCCAAGCAGCACUAUUUGAAGCAUUCUAGAUACUUGCCUGGAAUAAAUGCAAAUCUAAGGAAUGGCAUACUCCCGAAUCCAGGCAAGGACUUUGUUCCAUCUAAUCCGUGGUCAAGUUCUGGUUUGUCUGGAAAAUCUUCAGGGACGGUGUCAGUAAUCAGCAAAAUUAAUUCAGUUGGUUCCGGCUCUACAAGUUCCAGUGGAUUGACCGGAAAUUAUGUCCCCUCUUUCUUGAAAAAAGAAAUUGGCUCUGCUCUACAGCGAGUACACUUGGCACCAAUUCCAGAUCCCUCCUCGG